AUGGCAGCCAACGAAUCGGCUCCCCUCCUCAGCAGGAGGCUGAGGGGAAACAAUCUUACCAUGUACCUGCUCGCUGGGAUCGGACUGAUCGCUGUAUCCUCCCUCCUCCUCGUCUCCGAUCACCGCCCGAGGGCUAACGUGCUCUUGCAGACUCGCCCGAGUCGCAGGGCUCAGCUCGCGCAGGCUCUGAUCAUGAAGGGAAAGGACCUCAUGGACGCGGGCAAGGCGGAUCUCCGCAUGGCGCAGCUGAUCGAAGGGAACGUGUUCCAGGGUUCGAUGCUCGAGGGCAACGCAACUGACUCGUCCAAGAAGAAGUGCACAGGCGACGUGCUGGAGUGCCAUGGUGUAAACCUGGACAACUGGCCCCACUACCAUGAGAUCCCGACCCUCCCCGGAUACGUCAGCCCUCCGGAAGGAGGACGAGGAGGCGCGGAGGCAGACGAAAACAGCAGCGCUACUGAGAUACCCGACGAUGUGGCUGACUACGACCUGUACAACCGCAGGCCUCUCCAGCGUGCCGGGGUCCAUGUCGGAAGGUGGUUCUGGGAGGACGAGGACGAUGGUAUCGACGAUGAAUCCUCCAACAGCAAUGAGACUUCGGCCGCGGAAGAGGCAGCGGACGAGGAGGUAGAGAGGAUCAUGCAGAAGCUGGAGAACCGAACUACUCCCGAGGAACGACUGAGCAGGCUCGGGGUGAAGCUCGAUGGAAUGCCGUGGGACAACGAAGAUGACUAUCGCUAUCAUGAGAGCAGGAUCCCCGACGACAUGGGCGACCCCAUGGACUACAAGUCCCAGCGCGUGUCUCUCCAUCAGGUUCCCUCCCGUGCGGCUCGGACACCUAAGUCGAGGAUGAGCUCGUACAAGAGAGGACUCGAUGCCUACAGGGAGUACCAGGCUGAUCUCGCCCGAAUGCGAAGCUUGAGCCGCAGGAAGUGA